AUGUCGCUCACUUUGCUUGUUGCCUUACUGCUGAGCGGUUCUGGACUGGGGGCCUUGACGUUCCCUGCCACCGUCGAAGUCGACCUUGUGUUCCCGCGCAACGAUACCUACGCACCAAACCCUCUCCUGCCGAUUGUUUUCGCUAUCCAACACAGUCAAUAUGCGCCAUACCUCAAUCCUUCUAUUCAAUUCUCCAUCUCGAGCGUCACCAACGUCUCCGACGAGAUCAUGUCUUCAUUCACGGAUUUCCCCUCGUUAAACUCUUCAAGCAGUGACCCGAACUUUAGUUGGGCCGCUACUUCCAAACUAAAUGGCAUUGACGGCCAAUGGUGGCUCACCUGGUCCUUGUUUAUAAACAACUGUUCUGUGGACCCAGAACCAAUCUCACCCUACAGCACCAUUCAAAGCCAGGAAAAUAGGCUCACCUUGACGAAAAGCAUCAUCUUCACGACCCGAAACGGCGCGCAACCGCCGGAUCUCGUCGCUGCUUCAGCCAAUAGCGCCUGUGCGGGCACUAACGAGAGCUUUGCUUUCGAUAUGACGGGGACAAUGGAAGUUGUGAACUCAGACGGUCGAAGUUCCUGUGCUGUGCUUUCGCCUAUUACGCCAACUGUGAACCCUUGCGGUGCCGCUAUGAACUCAGCGGCUGCGUCAAACGUUUCCGCCUCUAUCACAUCUACUGCCUGCAUUCUCCAAGUACCAUCUGUGACAUGUCCGGCCACCCAUCAAAGCUCAGCUAGGAAGGACGUUUUGGUUUCUGGCUGGUGGUUGGCAUGCUUACUCUUAGCUGCAUUCGAGUAUCUCUAG